UCAUCAAAAAUUAAAAACAAAACCCCAAACUAAACCCCUCACUACUGGAAAUCGUCACUUCUUCUCGUCUCCUCCUCUAUCCGGAAUCAAAUCAGUGAACAAGAACAGAAAUGGCAGCAGCUGUACUAAGAAACCCUAAUUCAAAACGGUUUUUACCAAUUUCUUCUCAAAUUUUCUCAUCCUGUCGCGGAGGAUCAGCCGCCGUCUCCGCCACGCAUUUCUCAUUUUCAUCCGAUGACACUCUUUUAUCUAAUCCAUGGUGGAGAUCCAUGGCCACCUUCACUCGAACUAAACCUCACGUGAAUGUUGGAACUAUUGGGCAUGUUGAUCACGGAAAAACUACGUUGACUGCUGCAAUUACUAAGGUUUUAGCAGAGGAAGGUAAAGCUAAAGCCGUUGCGUUUGAUGAAAUUGACAAGGCUCCUGAAGAGAAAAAGAGAGGAAUUACUAUUGCUACGGCUCAUGUGGAAUAUGAAACUACUAAGCGUCACUACGCCCAUGUUGACUGCCCUGGACAUGCUGAUUAUGUGAAAAACAUGAUUACUGGAGCUGCCCAGAUGGAUGGUGGAAUUCUUGUUGUAUCUGCACCUGAUGGUCCUAUGCCACAGACAAAAGAACAUAUUCUGCUUGCUCGUCAGGUUGGUGUCCCAUCACUUGUAUGUUUCUUGAACAAAUGUGAUGCUGUUGAUGAUCCAGAAUUAUUGGAGCUUGUGGAAAUGGAGCUUCGAGAACUGCUUAGUUUCUACAAGUUUCCGGGAGAUGACAUCCCCAUCAUUCGGGGAUCGGCAUUAUGUGCUCUUCAGGGAACAAAUGAAGAACUAGGGAAAAAGGCCAUCUUAAAAUUAAUGGAUGCCGUUGAUGAUUACAUUCCUGACCCUGUGCGCCAACUUGAUAAGCCUUUCCUUAUGCCAAUUGAAGAUGUGUUCUCUAUUCAGGGGCGUGGAACGGUUACAACGGGACGUGUUGAACAAGGAACUAUUAAAGUUGGUGAAGAAGUUGAAGUCCUGGGAUUAACGCAGGGUGCUCCGCUAAAAACAACUGUUACAGGUGUUGAGAUGUUCAAGAAAAUCUUGGAUAACGGGCAAGCUGGUGACAAUGUUGGUCUUCUUCUUCGUGGUUUGAAGCGAGAAGAUGUGCAAAGAGGACAAGUGAUUGCAAAGCCUGGAUCUGUGAAAACUUACAAGACGUUUGAAGCAGAGAUAUAUGUCCUGACAAAGGAUGAAGGUGGACGUCAUACUGCCUUCUUUUCCAACUAUAGGCCACAGUUUUAUUUGAGAACUGCAGACAUCACCGGGAAAGUAAAAUUACCUGAAAAUGUUAAGAUGGUUAUGCCUGGAGACAAUGUGACUGCAACUUUUGAACUGAUCUUACCCGUCCCUCUUGAAGCAGGACAAAGAUUUGCCUUGAGGGAGGGAGGUAGAACUGUUGGAGCAGGCGUUGUAUCGAAAGUAAUUAGCUGAGCUGCUUUGAUUCCCAGAUUUUUUUUAUGCUUUAUCUUUCCUUGUUCACUAAAAAGAGCAUUAGGUCAGAAGAUCGUCAUUGUUAUUUGAUGAGAAGAAGUGCCAUGUGAUAAUUUCUUACAAUGUUGGCAUUUGAUGCAUUACUGUUUCUUAGGCAGUACUGAAGGAAUUGUUAGUGACGGCAAAUUGAGUUAUUUUACAAAAAUGAUUGCCUUCCGUUCCGUCUUCACACUACAGUUAAUAAUAUUCUGUUCCAAUUGUACUAAA